CAUCCUUUUUUUCACUCUGUUCCUUUUUUUUUUACUCAUGUUUCAACUUUCACCACAAUUAUAUGAUAAAAUAAAAUACUUUGCUCGGUUUCCUCAAACAGGAGUAUCGCUUAGACAAAUGGUUAUGUUUGGUAAGAGAAAAGAUCUUGAUGCAAUGUAUUCAAUCUGUUCAGGGCAAAACCCUUCUCAGGCUACUCUGUUCAAGGCCAGUCAGUUCCUACAUGAGGAACUGCCUAUUCGACUUGCCCACCGUGUCAAAGAAUUGGAUGAACUACCACGCAAUUUAAACAAUAUGCCUUCUAUCAGAAAAGUAAGAGACUGGUAUGCACAGUCAUUUCAAGACCUUGUUGAACUUGAUAUACCACGUAUUUCUCAAACUAUAAAAGACAAACUCGUCGCCAAAUCAGACACAUGCCUUCCUCACAGCAUACCUAACCCUUCGCUCGGUAAAUACAACCAUCAAAAGAACCUUCAUCCUUCUGUUCCUAUUGGACACCGAUACUACAAUAAUGUAGAUCAAAUUCAAGUGCCACCCGAGAUUGUCGAUUAUACAAGCACAUUUGUCAAAACUAUUGAAAAGGUCAAGAAGAGACAUGAUCCUGUUGUGACUACGAUCGCACAAGGAAUAUUAGAAUACAAGGAACAUUUAAAUUCUCCUUUGAUUGAUACCGAAGUACAGCAAUUUCUCGAUAGAUUUUACAUGUCACGUAUUGGUAUACGUAUGUUGAUCGGGCAACAUGUCUCCCUGUAUCGAGGACCCAACCGAAAGAAUUAUGUAGGUGUUAUUUGUACUAAAACCAAUAUUCGAGAUGUUGCCCUGGAUGCUAUUGCCAAUGCCAAGUUCAUUUGUGAAGAACAUUAUGGUCUUUAUCAGGCACCUGAAGUACAUAUGUUCUGUCCCGGCGAUAUUGAAUUUAUGUAUGUUCCUUCUCACUUGAACCAUAUGUUGUUUGAGUUACUCAAGAACUCACUGCGUGCAGUGGUGGAGAGAUAUGGCAGUGAUUAUGAAGAUCAAUAUCCUGCUAUUAAACUUGUGAUUGCACAUGGCAAAGAAGAUAUUACGAUCAAAAUUUCAGAUGAAGGUGGAGGUAUUCCUCGCUCAGGUAUUCCAUUAGUUUGGACCUACAUGUAUACAACAGCACAAGCACAAGAAUUAGAACCUGGCUUCAGCCAAUCUGAUUUUAAAGCACCUAUGGCUGGUUUUGGCUAUGGAUUGCCUAUUUCAAGAUUGUAUGCUCGUUACUUUGGUGGUGAUUUAAAGCUCAUCUCUAUGGAAGGAUAUGGCACAGAUGUUUAUUUGCAUUUGAACAGAUUAUCAAAUAGCGAUGAACCACUCAUGUAAAUAACUUUAGACCUUUUUUUCUUUCUUUGUAACAUAAUAAAAGACAGUGUAAUAAUAUAUACAAUAUUGUAGAUACGAAAACGAACAAGACAUGUUUGUCCAAGAACUCGAACAACAGGAAGAGGACGGCCAAGUAUCUAUUGCUGCUGCUUAGGUUUCUUUUGUUGCUUAUGUUUUUAUACCCUUAUUUAUUCUACUAUAUGUACAAUUUGUAUCUAUCUAUCUAUCUAUCUAUCUAUCUAUGUACACAUUAUGCCUAUAUAUAUAAAAGAUUAGAUUUAAC